AUGGCCAAACAACGAAAGUUCUCCUGCUUUCUCUGCGUGGUAAGGCCACGCAUCUGCUCAAUAAAGCAGUAUGGACAGUACUGUUGCAGUACAUACUCUGCACCUGGUGGACACAAUGAGGUCACCUCCGCGCCAUAUGUAUCGAACAGUGCAAAAAGUCGGUAUGACUUUCCAAAUCUGACAUUCAUCUCAAAUAGGACAAUCAACAACAAUAAUUCCCCGGAUUUAAGUUCUGUAAGAUGCUUUUGGCUAAGAGUGCAACUCUUGUGUCGCUGGUGCAAGGAUCCAUUUCAUCAGGAUAUCCAGGCAUCAAGGGAGCGAAAAAUUAGUAUGCCGGUUCACAUAUAG